CAUGAUGCAAUCGCUCACAAUUGUGAAAUCGGAGUUUAAAAAAAAACACCAAAUAUUUGCCUGGAAUUUCAGCAGACCAGAGCUGCAUUGAACUUGGAAGGAUUCAUAAACUAAACCAACUCGCAAUGGCUGGACCUGGGAGAUUUUCACAGCCUUGGUGCAUGGAUUCAAGCAGUCUCGAGACAUGGUAUAACGAGAAUAUUCAACGUGGGACGGAGGAUUUCGACAGGGACUGCAGAAGAGCUAUCGAUGAAGUGGUCCGAUCGGUGCAGACGAUUUGUUCAUCGGGCGGUCUCCUUUUCAAUGUUGACAGAAUUUUGAAGGGUGGCUCUCUUGGUAAAGGGACCAUGGUGAAGGACCUUUCUGAUGUCGAUCUGAUCGCCUUCAUUAAUCCACCAAACCUGGCCCCCAUCGUCAGACUCGGACCAGCCGAAUACAAGCGCAAGCUGGCCGUCGUCAUCCGGGAUCUUUACUCAGCUAUGACGGGUCUGUCGUUUGUGUCUAAUGUCAGCAAGAAUGAGUUCAUGGUCAACUUCAACAUCAGAGUGGGCAGAAGGUGUCUGAAUGUCGAUUUUCUUCCCACUUCAGACAAUUGUGCCGGCCACGGUCGAGCUCACUCAGAUAUGUUCCGUGCCAUGCUGCAGCUUCACGACAACCAUGACAGGGAGUUCUACUCCGCUUCCCUUGCCGAACAUCAGCUCAGCUUCGUCGGUAACCAGCCCGGGUACGUGAAGGAGCUGGUCCGUCUCGUGAAGUACUGGGCGAAUGACUACCUCCCCGUGUAUCUCCAGAAAUCUUACCGGCUAGAGCUGAUCACCAUUCACCUGUGGGAGAAGGCUGGGAAACCCGUUCAAUUCAGCAAAGCUCAGGGUUUGAAGAACGUCCUACUGGUCUUGACGAGGUUGACAGCACUGCGUGUUAUUAGCUGGUCUGGAUCCCGUCUGUACGACGCUACACUGGCACAAACUGCGAUUACACAGCUUAAAAUGAUAAAUCCGAUCGUGUUGGACCCAGCCAAUCCGACGAACAAUGUCUGUCAGCUCUACCAGCAAGGGACCAACGGGAGAGAAAUCGCCUCAGCCGCAGAGCAGACCCUUCAUCAUACUCCCCUCCUGAAGAACGUCACGGUCCGUCAAGGGUGGAAAGGGUAGUGCGACCUCAAGAGUUUCAUGCCUGACAGGUCACACUUCUGUUGACGUUGAUUCCGAACAACAGUCUAAUGGUAUAAAGGCCUAUUGUUAGUUAUUGCAGACCUUCUUUACAAAACAUCAAACAUCCUAUCCCUCUUGCACAAAACAUACUAAACUAAACUAAGUUUAAUUUUGGGGUUCUGGUUGAACAAAGGACUCUCAACAAACGAACAAUUACUAUGUACCAACCAAGAACCCAAUAGGGAGCAGACCAUGAAGAUGUUUCAGUUUUAGAUGUGGGAGGAAAACCCCAGAGAUUAAUUUAAUAUUUAGGCCAUGUCAAAUUAAAAGUUUACAAUGGUAUUAGCAACAAAUGCUUAUUGAAAUUAUAGAGGUUCUUUAGAUAAGAAAAGUGGUGUUCUUGUUUUCCUGCGGAUGGUUUUCGUAGUGUGUUUAUGUUGUUUCCCAAACACUGGCAGCCAGCUUUUCGUUCAAAAUCACUAUAAUUAUUUAAUGUUCAAAAUGCAAAUUGUAAUGUGGUAUAAGUUAAUUCUCAUAAGAAUGAUUGCUUUUCUAUGUGGUCCAACUAAAGUGCAUGCAGUUAGUAAGAUGG